AUGCGGAGUGACUACGAUCUUGUCGCAACGGAUAGUGUUCCGAGCGUGUCCGGAUGGGACCGUCGAAGCGGCUUGAUUUCGUAUCAUAAUGCAAACUGCCUGAGGUCUCUCGGCUCACGUUCGGGUCAAGUGCGAUUCGGACGUGCCGUCAAAGUAGCUCGAUAUCGUGAAGCGAUUUUCUGUUCCGUGGCUGGACCAGGAAUGGAUUUGAUUGGGGCUGGACUCAUGGGUGAGCUGCCUACGUACCUCCAGGGAAGGAGGAUCAAGCCUGGACGUAGUUCGCGGGGUGGAGAUACCUCGGAUGAGAUUGUUUUAACGAAGUACCGUUUCAGGUACAUUGCGUUUAAAUGA